CAUCCUCUUCGUGUGUGAUGGCUGCGUGGUCUUUGAAUCUGCCACGGGGGUUCAGGUUCUGUCCGACGGACGAGGAAAUCAUCGACUACUACUUGAGGUCAAAGAUCACUGGGAAUGACAAAAAGCUUCACUUUAUUCCCGAACUUCAUUUCUUCAAACGGGAGCCCUGGGAUUUGCCAGAUUUCUCCGGCAUAGAGACAAAGGAUUUAGAGUGGUUCUUCUUCUCGCCACAGGACCUGAAGCACCCGAAUGGGAAUCGGUUGAACAGGGCAACCAAUGCUGGGUACUGGAAAGUGACUGGAAAGGAUCGGGCAAUCAAGUCCGGAGCAAGCUUGAUCGGAAAGAAAAAGGUUCUGGUUUUCUAUAAAGGGCGUGUUCCAAUGGGCGAAAAGACUGAUUGGGUAAUGCAUGAGUACCAUUCAUCCCUUGGCACCUACCCCGGUCAGGUUGGCUUUCUAUCUCGUCUUUUGCCAUGUUGCUUUUUGCCGUUUAACCAAUUCUCUUUGUUGAUUAACUUUAUGCAGAAUACCUUUGUCCUCUGUCGUUUAUUCGACAAACAUAAAAAGCGUGUCAGAGGACCAAAAUUUACCACUUCCGAAUCUUGCCCUGAAAAAACAGAGUCGAAACUAGCACUGGUGUCAGUGCAAGCUGAAGAUUAUCGAACCACUGAUGAAUGUUUUGAUUCUGCAGAGAAUCAAGUGGCAGAAGUGACAGAUACUGAGUUUGAUCUGCGACUGGAGGAGGAAGAACUAAAAAUGCUCUCUGUCCUGAUGAAAAAUCCACUAGAUUGCAACCCUUUGACCCCCUUAACUUCACUCCCCAAUACACCUACCGUUUCAUCUCCCAACACAGCUAAAUCUUCUCUUGAAGAAGCAGAGUCUGAGCUAGCACUACUGGCUUCAGUAUUUCCAGCAUUAGGAGAGGAAGGUGAUAAUCAUGCUGCCGAAGAAACAGCUGGUGAUCAGGUGGAGGUAGACUCGAAUAUGUUCUCUGUCCCGCCAGAGCCACUAGAUUGGAGCUUCCUCUCCCCAUUACACUCGCAGAUGCAAAAAGUGUUUGAUCCUUUUUGCAUGUCUUACUCAAGAUACCUUGAUGAUGAGCUGCCUUUUCAAUAUGGCACGAAUGAGCCAGCCGCCUUUACCUCCGAGUUAUGGGGUCAUCCCAUGCCUAAUUAUCCAGAUGAAUUCCUUCAUAAUGAUCGUAGCAGUCAAAAGAAUCUCGCUUUUGACCGUGAGACCAUGGAAAACGUGGAAUCUGUUAAGGACAACAGAUCACGCAGUGCACCAAGUGUCACUACUGGACCUUUGGUUAUUAGCGACCAAACUAUCAGCGACGACUUUUGGGUCGUCACUGACAGUCGUCGGUAA